AUGUUCGGAAAACCAAAUAGUAAAGCAGUGGGAGGUAAUAGAUUGGUUAUUGGGACUAAUGUGAGAAACAAUAAAGAUUUGGAUAUUCCAGUAUCAUUUGGAAGAUCUAGUAAGGAUUAUAUCAUUUCAAAGAAGAAGGAAAAAGAAAAAAGGAUUUAUGAAAAGCUUAAAAGUAAUAAAAUCAAAGUUAUAACUUAUUAUGUAAUACAACAUAAAUUUUAUAAACUUACAAAAAAAUCAUUUUGUGAUUCUUUAGAAAACUUUUUGUAUCAAAGUCAAAGUUCAACACAUAUAAACCUAAACAGGAUUAUUAGGCUUUUUAGAUUCACAUUGGAAACAAACUCGGAAAAACUUGGAAGAGAUAUUGAAAGAUUCUAUCUAAUUAUAGAACUAACAAAUAAGGAUCUUCAAAAAUCUUCUAUACAGAUCUCAAUAAGUAAUCUUUUAUUUCUUUUUAGAAAUUCUCUUAUGUUAAUAUUUCUCGACGAUAAAAAUGAAACUCUCAAGAUUAAAAAGAAUUUAUUAAAAGAUUUUACUGAUCAGAUACUUUACUUAUUUUUUUCAAGAUCAAAAUUUAAAGAUCAAAAGGUACCGAACAAUCAAUUUAAAAAAAAAGACUUAAUUGGUAUGAUUUUUAAUUAUUCAAUGAUAGAUUUGUUUUUCAUUAGAUAUUUGGAAUUGAAAAUCUUAAAGAUGGAAAUUGAAACUGAAAUUGUAUUUGAAAUACUGGAUGAGAUUUUUCUAUUAUGUAAGUCUAAAUUAUCCAGAGAUCUUAACCAAGUUUUCUUUUACAUGGGUAAUGACUUAUUAGAUUUUCCCAAAAAUGAUAGCUACUUAUUAAAAAAAUCCACAAAGUUAAGUAAACACAAUCAUCUUCAAAUAGAAUCAUUCUUCAAAAAUAGGUACUUUUGGGUCAUAUCUUGUUGUUUUUCUCUUAUAUUCAAAACUAAGCAUAUUCUAAGUGAAUCCAAAAUUAAAGUACUCAUUCAAACUUAUCUGGGUCUUUUAGAUCUAAAUUCUUUACAAAAUUGGAUAAUGAGUGAAAACCAAGACUCCAUUCAAGUAGUUAAAAAUCCAUUUCAACUAAUUCCUCCAAAUUCUCCUUUCUCUCUUAUUUUACUGAAUUACUCAUUCCUUUAUCAUUUAGAACUCUGUAAGAACAAAUGUGAAUUAUCCAAACCAAUAAAACUCAGAAACUUCAAAUUAAAAAAAGAUUCAGAACAAAGAGAAAUUACUGAUAGAAUUGAAAAUGAUCUCACCUCUAUUUUUUACAUUAUUAAUUUUUGGGAUUUCUCACCAGAUAUUUUAUUAAAUAUAGAUGAGACACUUUCUACUCAGUUUUAUACUAGUAAAGAUGAAAUAAUACAAAUGAUUAGCUUUAUAUUUGAAAUAAUUAUUCAAAAUCAUAACAAUUCUGAUACACAAAUGAUAAAUGACAAUAACUUAAUAUUAAUUGAGGAGAAAUUAAAGUUCAUGUAUUUGGUUCGCCUAUAUAUGCUAUUUUUAGAUCUCCAAGGCAAAUUCUUAUUAUUAGGUACCUAUAUUAAAAAUAUAGACAAUAAUAAAGACAAAAAAAUCUUCUUUGGAAACAAUAAUCAAUUGAAAGAAAGCCAAUUACUUUCAAAAAAUAUGAUUAAUCAAGUUAUUCAACCUACUUUAAAUUUGGCUUUAAAUUUUGCAUGCAGAGACGAGACGACUUUAAAACAUGCAAUUAAUAUUAUCAACUUAAUUAAUGAUAUUUAUUUUCCAUUAAAUCAGAUACCUAAUAUUAUAUUUGAAAAUAUAUACUUUUAUAACAACAUUUUUACAAAAAAUAAGUCAAAUUAUUUACAUAAUGCAUUGGAUUUAUGUAUUGAUCAAUCUGGUAGUAAUAAUAAUAAUAGUAAUAGUGAUAAUAAUAUUACCGGUAGUAAUGAUCAAGAUCAAAAAAGUAUUUUUAAUAUAAUAAAAGAAUCAACUAUUUCUUAUCAUAGCUUUUUAAAGAAUAGAAAAAGACCUUUAAAAGAGAAUAUUACCUUUCAGGAAGAUAAUAUUUUCAUGAAAAAGAUAAGGUUUUUCUUCUUGAUUGGUGAAAUUGAUAAACGAAAUAAUAAUAAUAAUAGUAUCAAAAAUACUGAAGAUGCAUUAAUUAAAAGUAUUAGGGUAUUUCAUAAAAGUCAAGAUCAUAAAUUCUUGGAAAAAACUUAUCAUGAAUUUUAUUCAAAUGAUUACCAUAGUCUUGAAAGUUUCUGUGAUAUUUUAGCUAAAUCUAAGUUGAAAGUAUUACAGGAAAUGCAGAGUUUAGUACUUAAUUAUCUUUCUUAUGAUACAUAUUGGGUACUACUUUUAUUUCUAUCCAUUCAUAAUACUGUAAUAUAUAAUUAUAAUGGAAACUUAAAUUCUUUUAUACUUGAUGUUAUUGAAAGUAAGAAAGAUGGUUAUAAUAAUCUUGGAAAACUUUUAAUGCUUUUUGGAGUCUCAUUAAACCACCAGUUAUUAUUUCUAGAUGAUUAUGAAAUCAAGAAAAGUAUUGAAAUGAUAUUAUUAAAAAAUUCUAACUCAACUAGUAAUAAUUAUUGUGAUAAUAAUUACUUGAAAAUUGGUGAAGAUCCAAACUUAAGACUUAUUCCAUUUUUGAAUUCCAAUGAUAUAAUGGUUAAUAGUAAUAAAAUUAUAACAGGAAUAAGUGGAUCUGAAAUUCUUGGAAAGAUUUUGGAAGAUCUUAGUAAUCAUAGAAAUUUAUAUAUACUUAUUACUUAUAAGAAUAUCCAAAGUAUUAAUAUUGAAGAUGAUAUAAAUAAUAAUAUGAUUAAAUGCAGAAAUUUCUUGAUUCAUCCAAUUUUGUUAAUAAAUAACAGAAAUCAGUUAAACUAUGUUUCUUUGUUUAUUAACAAUUUAACUUUUUCAAUUUUAAAAAUGAUGUUAGAAAUGAAAAACAAAAAUGCUGAAAAGGAUACUGAUAUAGAUAAUAGAAAUGGUACUGGGAAUUUGAUUAAUGUCUCAAUUUUUGGAAAGUUAACCAGAAGACUUUACCAGAAUUAUUUAAAACUUAAUCACAUUCAAAUGAAAUUGGAUGACCCAAUCAUUAAACUUCCUUGGACAAUAUCUGAAGCCUCGAAUUUGCUUAAACCUAGAGAUGUAUUGAUUAAACAAGCUUUACAUAUUGAAUCACUUGGAUCUUUUCCUACAAAUAAUCCUGGAGAAUAUGAAUUUGAACUUGGUGAAGAAGAUAGAAAUAGGAAUAGAAAUAAUAGUAAUGAAGAUGAUAAUUAUGAUGAUGAUGAUGAUGAUGAUGAUGACGAUGAUUAUGAUUAUGAUAGUCAUAUUAUUAAUAAUAAAAGUAAUAAUAACUCCAAUUAUAAUAGUAAUAAUGGAAGAAGGCCAGCAAGAUUGGAUUUACUUAAAGUAUUUGAUUCAACUUUAAAAUACGUCUCAAAUAAGUCAAAAUUUGAAUUAUUAAGACAAAUUCUGAGAGAAAUGCCAUAUUUAAUAGGAUUUGAGGAUAGACUUCACUUCUAUUAUCAUUAUAUAGCAGAAUUAAGAUUUAAUCAUUAUCAACCAGAAUUCUUCCAUGAGAUUCCAAAUUUUGAAAUUAGAAGAACCCAUAUAAUAGAAGAUGGCUUAAAUAAGAUUGGGAGUUUAGAUCCAAAUAGAUUAAGAAUAGCAUUUAGAAUAAUAUUUUUGGAUGAACAAGGAGAUAUAGAACCUGGAAUUGAUGGAGGAGGACUUUUAAAAGAUUUUAUUACUUGUAUUUCCAAAGAACUUUGUUCAGAAAGUUUUGGUCUCUUCAAAUCUUGUAAAGAUAAUACAAUAAUACCAAGAGAAUAUGAUAGUUUAAUGGAAAUCUCUAACAAGUUUAAAGACUUAAUAAUAGAUGAACCAUUAAGCUUAAAAAAAUCAAAUAUAGUAUUAUACUUAUUUGAAUUUUUGGGUAAAAUUGUAGGUAAAGCCAUUUAUGAAAAGAUACUUUUAGAAAUUGAAUUUAAUCCAGUUUUUUUAAACUCAGUUUUUGAACAAAAUAAUGAUUUUAAUGAUUUAUUAAAUCUUGAUGAAGAAUUAUAUAAAAGUUUAAAUUAUAUAAAGAAUUUGGAAAAUGACCAAGAAAUGAAGAACCUUUGUUUAACUUUUUCAAUAACUUUAGACUUAGAAUCUUUAAAAGAUGGUAAAUCCAAUAAUAAUAAGUAUCUGGAAGUUGAUUUAAUUCCAAAUGGAAGAAAUAUUCCAGUUAAUAAUGAAAAUAAGAUAGUAUAUAUUAAAUUAUUAACGUAUUAUAAGCUGAUUACAAGUAUUAAACUUCAGGCUGAGUCAUUUCUUAGAGGACUUAGUACAGUAAUUCCAAAUGAAUCUUUAAGAUUGUUUUCACCUUAUGAAUUACAAUCUUUAAUUUCUGGUGUUUAUCAAAAAUUGGAUGUUAAUAAUUUGAGAUUAAAUACAUGUUAUACAGGUUAUAUAGAAACUUCUCAACAAAUUAUAUGGUUUUGGGAUAUUUUGGAGAAUGAAUUUUCAACAGAAGAACAAGCAGAAUUUUUAUUAUUUGUAACUUCUUCAAGAAAAGCUCCUCUGCUUGGAUUUCAGCAUCUUAAUCCAAAAUUUGGUAUUCAAAUAGUUCCAGAUAAUACAAGAUUACCAAGUGCUUCCACAUGUUUUAAUUUAUUAAAAUUACCAUCUUAUAAUUCAAAAGAAAUCCUUAAAUUGAAAUUAAGACAAGCAAUUUUCAAUUCAAAAGGAUUUGAUUUAAGUUAA